GUCAUCAAUGAACAGAGCAUCAGGCCAACUUAAUUAGAUUCUUUCAUCGUCUAAGAGCGAACGAGGUUUUAGUUCUAUUUUGUGCGAAGCUGCGUGCGGGCGUGAAUUCGCUUCUGCUUUCCCUUUUUUUAAUUGUUUAAUUGUUUUGCCAUACGCUUUAUACCUUUUUUUUUGUUCAUUUAUUUCGUAUUUAAUUUGAUUAUACUUUGUGUACAUUGCGAAGUGAGCAGCAAAUUUAAUAGCUCCCCAUAGUCAACCCCUGUUGCUAAAACAGUAUGAGUGCUGCACCCAUUCCCACAGCACCUGGAGUGCCGCAAGAAAUCAAUCUUGGAGCCGAGAUUUUUCACAAUAUUGCAAUAGCAGCCGCUGAUGAAAAUGUAAUUAUAUCGCCAAUCCUGUUGGAGGCGAGUCUGGCGCUGCUCUACCUGGGCUCCGAUGGCACCACAGCCGCGGAACUGGAAAAGCUGUUGAAGCUGAAGCAACGCUUCGCCAGCAAUGCUAAAAUGGCCAAUUUUUAUGCCGCUGAGCUAACCGCAGCAACGGGCGAUCAAAAUACACGCAUUCAGCUGCAGAAUCGCCUGCUGCUGCAGGCCAACGUUGGCACAAACAUUGCAGACGACUUUCAAAAGAUUGCCCAAACGUAUUUCCAUGCGACGGCCGAGUGCCUCGACUUGCAGCAGUCCGAGAAGCUGAACCGUUACAUAACCGAUAAUAUCUUGGCCAGCACUGGCGGUGGCAACUGGGGUCAGUCUCUCCAAUCUAUUGGCAGCCAAGCGUCGCAGCUGCUUCUUCUGCUCGCUGCUCGGCUACAAAGCAAAUGGUUUUUGCCAUUUAGUGCGUAUCGCACUGGCUUCUACGAGUUCCACAGCCACGCCUCGGACACACCAAAGCAAGUGCUCAUGCUCUUCGACGAGGACAUGUUUGUGAAAUACGCUGAGCUGCGGGAGCUGAACGCCCGUGUCAUUGAGUUACCUUAUGAGCACGCCGAUGAGCUGGCCAUGCUCCUAAUCCUGCCCAACAAGCACGAUGUAUCGGCUUUGGCAGAGCUGGAAACUCAACUGCGCACCGUGGAUCUCGGUGCACUGCAGCAGCGCAUGCAAAUGGAGAGCGUUCAGGUGCUGGUGCCCAAGUUUAGCAUAGACUUUGAGUGCAGUUUACGGCAGGCGCUGAAACAGCUGGGCUUUACGGAGAUUUUCGGCUCCUCAGCUAACUUCAAGCAUUUGCAUUCAGCCGCCAACCUGCCCAUUGUCGAUGUUCUCCAAAAGCUGCGAAUUGACUUGAACGAAUCCGGAUCAGGUUCCGAGUCGCCUCAGCCGGCAGCAGGUUAUAAGCCGAUUGUAAUUAGCAAUUCCUCACGCCAAAAGUUCUUUCGUGCGGAUCAUCCAUUUUUCUUUGCCAUACGUGGGGAGAACGUGACCCACUUUAUGGGACACUUGGUUAGCUUUUAGCGGAUAUGAGUCAGCAAUAUUUAUAAUGUGUAUGCCAUACUGAUAAUAAUCUAUUAAUAAUUUGUCACAAACUCACAAUUCAUCAGCGAUGCAAUAAAAACAACAAGAAAUAA